GAAAGCAAGCCACAGAAAGAAAGAAAAACAAUGAACUCACCAACAAUAUACACAGAAAUAGGUAUACGUAACUUGGGAGUUGAGAUAAACGUUCACGUGAAUAUUUGCCCAAAGCAAUAAAAGUAGGUGUACUUUGACUUGAACUACUGCUGGUAGUAAUAUAGCAGCUUGCUAUCACAGGUUCGGACGUUCCUCGGGUGCAGCGCACGCAAUUCGGGUCUUAAAGGCCACGGCAUAAAUCAGUUUCACACCACCUGCAUCCUUGUCAUCGGUGCAAUUAUCUUAAGUCGCAGCAAUGCCUUGGUCCGUAAUUUGAAAGAACUCGAAGGACGCGGAAGAUUCGCGUUGGACUUGAAGGGGAGGAAUCGCAAGACGUGCAAACAGCGACGAGGAACUUUCAACUACAUAACAGUGUCAGCAUCUGCAUUCUGUAUUCAUUUUAGGAUGAACGGCGGAGUAAGGGGGGACAAUCGCAGCUAACCAUUAAGUCAAUGAUGCAGCUUCAAGUGAUGGAUAAGAGGCUUGGAUUGAUAGUUAAUGCUGAUUCAGGUGAAGCGCAAGCACUUAGCAGGUUGACCAGAAGCCUAUUGAAAGUUGAAACCCUAGUCAGAACAUCGCGAAGCCUUGAACCGAAAAAUAUGAAAAAAA